UCUAGUCCGUCCGUCGUGUAACGUGUUCGUUAAUUUUUCAAGCUAAGGCUAACUUUGUUUACUGACUACUUCUUCCUAGUUCCUCCAAAAACGGUAUUAUAUUUGAGAUUCCAUCCAAGUCCCUACAACAAGGGCUACGAUUAUAUUAUUAUUAAAUUAUGGGGCAUGGUGCAGCUCACAAAACAAUAGUGUGGUACUGUGGACUGUCGUGGUCUGUGGUGCCUUAUAACGUCGAGGGUCCGUUCACCGUUGUGUAGUUCGUUCAUGUUUACUCUUAUCAACGACGUCGUAUCUGGCUGGGCAGAUCCCGGUAACUCACUCCGUGCCCCGUGGCUCCGGUGGUGACUUGUGCUGUUCAUUUUUUACCCUGUGGCCUGUGAACACCGUAUUAUUCUACUACAUUCUGAUUAUUAUUAAAUUUAUUACCAAUAUUACAACUUAGAAUGAACAAAAACGUCGCAUCAGCGGUUCAUAAGAACGCUAACGGUGCCAACAAUUGGAUAAAGUUUACAAACGCUUUACCGCCUCCUGCCAGUAAUUUGAACAACAGUUCCGUCGUACAGAAGCAUGAAAAAAAAGAUAUAGAAGUUGUAGCGAUCGACUGCGAAAUGGUCGGCAUUCAUCCCGAUGGACAGAGAAAUAUGUUGGCUCGUGUUUCAAUUGUCAACUCUAAGGGCGAAACCAUUUAUGACAAGUUUGUCAAGCCUACAGCAACAGUGACAGAUUAUCGUACACCGGUGAGCGGUAUUCGACCUGAAGAUAUUGAACACGGGGAGGUAUUUGCCAAAGUAAAAAAAGAAGUCACACAAUUACUCAAAAAUAAAUUAUUGAUAGGACAUGCACUAGAACAUGACUUAAGGGUAUUGAGGAUUUCACACCCCAAACAUAUGAUUAGAGACACCUCAACGUAUUGGCAAUUCAAGCAAUUGACAGAAGGUCGAACGCCUGGUCUGAAACGAUUGACAUUACAUUUUCUUGGUGCUAGCAUACAGGAAGGAGAACACAGUUCUGUUCAAGAUGCCAAAGCAGCACUACAGUUGUACAUGUUGGCUCGAAAAGAUUGGGAAUUACUAUUAAAAAAGAGAAGAAGCCGCCCCAGAAAUGGGAAUAAACCACAUAACGGAUCACAGGGAAAGCAUAAAUAGUAGUUUUUUUGCACUAAAAUGUUUAUAAUUAAGUUUUAUAUUGAAUUAUGAUAAGACUGUUUUUGAGAUUAUUUUACUUGUAAAAACAUUUGAAUUGUUGUUUGAUACAUUUUGUUGGUUAGGUAUGUAAUAUUUUGAAUUUAUUUUACCUUAAAUAUAAUUGUAUUUCAAUUGAAACCCUCUUAUAGUAUUAUUUUAAUAUAGAUAUCUAAUACAUAAGACAAAUUGUAUUGUGUCAGAUGUUUUGAAAGAAUAUUGUUUUCUAAAUGCAAAUCACUAAAGGGGUAAUUUUGCUAUAACACUUAAAAUACAUUAAUACAAUGCAAUGAUCAAUUAUUAAAUUUACUAAAUGUUUCACAUAGGUAAAUUUAAUCCUGUUAUGCAAAUUAUUAUUUAAAACUAAAUUGAUUAUUAUAAGAAGGUUUUAUUUUUUA